AUGAAUGUUCCGUUUACAUUGGAAUUGAAUGUUAAAGAAAUUAACAUUGAUGAAUCUACAGAUCCAUUGAACCUUACAGAAUAUUCAAUCAAUUUGACUUUAAACCAUACAAUUGCUGAUAUUAAAGAAGCAAUAUGGUUGAAAUCCCCAGAUUACUUGUUACAACCAUCCCGUUUACAAAUUGAAUACAAAGGAGUACCGAUACUGGAUUCUGAAACGUUGUCUCUGGGAUUGCAACUUCAACAACCCCCUGAAACAUCCUUAAAGAAUGACCUUACCCUCGUUAUCAACUACCAAGAUAUAGAAUCGUCAACGAGAAUUCAUCCGCCAGAUCCAUUAUUUGAUAUUAUUACAAUUUGGAAAGAUGACAAAAAUCAGACUCAUGAGUUCUUCCUAAGGGAGAAUUUGAAAUGUACAAUACGUACCAUGAAGGAUUAUCUUGUUGAAGAAGUACAAAGACGUCUUCAAACUACUAUUACUAGAAAUAGAAUCUCCUUACGAUUAAUGCCUAGUUACACAUUAAUACCAAAUGACGAUUCGCCAUUAUCAGAAGUUCUUAAAUUAGAUGUGGUGCCGUUGGACACAGUCGAAUUUAAAGCUGAACUUUUAUCAACUAGUACUAGACGGAGAUUUCGUGUUUUUAUCGAAUCAGAGGAACCUGCGUUACAGAAUGAACGGAGAAUGGUUGAGGUGGACAAUAAUACCAAAAUCCAUGACCUUAAACAUUUACUCAUUGCUCGAAUAGACCAUGGAAGAGUAACGAGAACAUUUUUCGAUCAGAUUGGUUUAUCAUAUAAUAAUGAAAAAUUGGCCAAUAAUCCUGACAUAAAUAAUCGUACGAUACUUUCAGCAUUGAAUAUAUCGAAUGAACAAUUAGAACAAGCCAAUGAUAUUAUUCGUAUUAAAUUGACAGUUUCUCCACAUAUAAAUGGGAUUGGUGGGAUUUUAAGUAGAGAAUUUUGGAGAGAAAUUACACAAGGAAAUUUUGAGUUCUUACCUAAUUCAACAGAUUUGCAUUCAGCUUCAACAAAUUCUGCAAAUAGUUUACCAACCACGGCAGCAUCACUCCCUAAUGAAGCAAUUGAACAAGGUUCCUCCCAUUUAUUGGAAUCUGCAAUUGAAACUGUUCAGACCACGCAAAAUCCCCCAGAUAUUACCGCAAUAGAACCAUUUAAAAUUGUGACACAAGACGGUGAAGUAUGGAGACUAACAGGAGACCAUUAUGAAACCUUGAAGGAAGAAAGUUCUGGACGUCAACAAUUGGCCAAAAUGGAUGACUUAUCAGAUACAACAUACGAGAUUGACAUACUGAUAGAUGCACAAGUAAAGACAAUAUGCUUAAAUUCUUCACAAUGUAUAAUUGUCGAUAAUGGCGAACAUCAUCCUUAUUUAUUACUUAACUCGUCCGGUCUUGCUAGAUUGAAAUCCGGACUUCCUGAUGGAAAUAUUCUUCAAAAAGUUUUGAUUGAGAGAUACAAUAAGUCAAAUACGAAUCCCAUCCCUACUCCAACUCAACUCGAACAUGUUGUCCAGGGUCCUCCACCUGCACAAAUUGUCCAUCCCGAAGAAGACGAGGAAGAAGGUAUGCAUGCUCCAUUAGAACCACAACCCGAAGAACCUCAAAUCGCUGAUAGUGUCUUUGUUCGAUUAAUUGAAGGCUGGAAACAAGUUCUUUCAUUUUCGAUAAAGAUGGCGAUUGCAUUAUAUAUGAUGGGAAUCAAACCUUCUAAACAUUUAAGCAAAUAUUGGCAAAUAUAUGCCUUGGUGCUAUUUGUUGGGUAUAGUUUGUAUAUCGUGUUUUUCACUGGUAGAAACAGACUUCAAAGACAUUGGUUUCCCGAUCCUGAAUUUGAUCAAAUCGAACGAGAACUUGAAAGGGAAGCAGAAGUGCUUAGGAGGGUAUCAAUUGUAGGAUUGAUAAUUGGUUGGGGCGAGUUGGUCGUUGACUUUUUUGUAAGGUUGGGAGUUGAAAGAACUCGAGAUUACCAAUUGAUACUAGGUGAACGGAAUUGGUUUUUACAGAACUUGGAACACUUAUUUAAGGAUGCUUUAUUGUGUGUUAUGACACUUGUCCCGGCAUUGCAACAAAGAAUAGACGUUCAUCUACAACAAUGGAGAAGUGGAGAACUUGAAGCACUCGACAUGAAAGCUUUCGAAUUCUGGACCAAAUUUCUAUCCGAAUUUGGUAAUACAUGCUUUUGUAUGGCCAAUGUUCUGCCACUUAUGAUGGAGAUACGAUUUGACAAUGUUGAAUUUUUGUUUAAAGAUUUGGAUAAUCUUAACAACCCUGCUAUUUCCACUACACUAAAAGCUGAAAGAAAAUACCGGUUCUUAGUGGAAUAUCUAAAACUCAUAAAAUUAAUGGAUUCCACCUUUAGAGAAUUAGUCGCACUGCAAAAGAAGUGUCCAGAUGAAUUCGUAUCUCAAAUGCAAACUAAAUUACAAGAAUUAUCUCGAGAACUUUUGAAGGUUCCAGAAGAAGUGGAUGAGUCGGCUGACGAUGAUGAGCGCGAUGCUCCACCACAGGAAGAAGUCAAUCAAGAGUAA